AUGACAGAUCAAGAGCAAAGGGCGCCCGGUGGCCAUUAUUCUGGUCGGAAUCGCAUUCCUAACAUUCAGCAAUUCGUGGCCAGUCUCGAUAGGGACAAGAAGGAGCGAGAUGCAAAGAUCGAUGCGUCUGGCCAGGGCGGGGGCCAGAAGGUCGCACAACCGCAGGUUCAGCAGAAGAACAGUACAAACCGGAAAACUGUGACGGAUCCUGUUACAGGGAAGGAGGUCGAGAUCGAGGAUGUUGAUAUUGAUUUUGAAAAGGCUGCAGACGAGCCAUCGCUGUCUGUACCCAAUGCCAACUUGGGCAAAGAUACUACGGUCAAAACAGAUGUUACACAGUCGGGCGAGGAGUACAAACGCAACCAGGACAUUACUGCGCCCCCGGAUCCAGUUGCGACCGGAUCAACGUCAGAUGUUCCUAUCCAUGGCGAGAAGACAAAUAUCCUGUUCCACCCAACGCCUUCUGUCACCUACGAUCCCAUGUACAAUAUGAUCGAGAAGCGAGCAACAAUACUUUGUGCCGCCGUGUUCUUGGUCAUCAUUUCCGUUGGGAAGAUCUUUGGAGGCCGGCUGCUUGGCUUGAUCCCACUGGCCAUUUGCGUCUCUUCUGGAAUUUUCUUAUGGAUGAAAGAUGUGGUGAGACAGGGUAGGGAUAUCGAAUGGUCGAGCGAGCAGAAACGUGGGGAGAUGGCAACCGCCAACUUGAUCCCGGAAUCCGUCGAGUGGAUGAACACACUCCUCGGGAUCGUUUGGGGCCUCAUCAAUCCAGAGAUGUUCGCCGCUGUGGCCGAUACUCUUGAGGACGUUAUGCAGGCCUCGGUACCUGGCGUCAUUGAAAACGUUAAAGUUGCCGAUAUCUCUCAGGGCAACAACCCGAUCCGCAUCCUGAGUCUCCGUGCUCUUCCCGACGAUCACAUGAAGGAUAUCAAAGAUGAGAUGCAUAAGAACAACGAGAAAAUUAAGGACCCGCAGGAACUUGCUGCGGACGAAGAAGGUGGCGAUUAUUACAACCUCGAGUGCUCAUUUGCAUAUCAUGCCAAACCCAGCAAUGGCUCUGUUUCUGCUAAGGCCGCGAACAUGGGCAUGCAACUGGUUUUUUACCUUGGUGUGAAGGGGCUAUUUGGUGUACCCCUUCCGAUCUGGGUCGAGUUGAUCGGGCUUGUUGGAACCAUACGUUUGAGAUUGCAAAUGUCUCCAGAACCGCCAUUCCUCAAGGCUGUCACGUUCACCCUCAUGGGCGUACCGAAGGUCCAGGCUGGUUGCACCCCAAUGAUAGAACGCGGGGUGAACAUUCUGAAUCUUCCGCUCAUCUCCAACUUCGUCAACUGGGCAAUCAAGACAGCCGCGAGCAUGUAUGUCGCUCCCAAAUCGAUGACGCUCGACUUGGGCAAGAUGCUGCAAGGAGACGAUAUCCAGAAGGAGACCAACUCUCUGGGAGUAAUCUUCAUUCGCAUUCGCAAGGCUGUCGGGCUCUCGAAGCAAGAUCGUCGUGGGUCGAACGGCGGUGGGUCAGAUCCCUACAUCACAGUCAGCUUCUCCAAAUUUGGAAAGCCAAUGUAUUGUACGCGAGUCAUCCAGGAUGAUCUUAAUCCUAUUUUCGAAGAGACUUGUGCUCUUAUGGUUACGUCAGAUCUCAUUAAAGCAGACGAGCAACUGUCCAUGGAGUUGUGGGACAGUGACCGUUCCAGCGCCGAUGAUGUUGUAGGCAAGGUUGAGCUGUCGUUGCAGAAACUCAUCCAGCAUCCUGGGAAGAUAUACCAACAGGUUUCAAAGCUGAAAGGAGUGAAAGCGGAGAGCGAGAUGCCCGGAGAACUCCACUGGGAAGUUGGUUUCUACGGCAAGACUCAAUUCCGCGCCGCACUCCGUACUGAUGGCAAGGACGUCAAUCUGCCCAAGGAGCUUCGUGAUGCUAAGGAACUGCAAGAUGAUAAGGGCACUGUGGAUAACGCUGAGGAAGAUGCUGUCACGCAUACCCCUCCCGAUCCGUUGUGGCCUUCUGGCAUCCUGAGUAUUGUCGUCCACCAAAUUGUCAAUCUGGAACUUGCAAACACCCAAGGCUCCAAGGGCGGUAAGAGGAAGGGCGGAAAGGAAUACGAACCUGCAAGAGAUGCUGGUGAGAUCAAGGAAGAGUCGAGCAAGAGUCUUCCCAGUGCUUACUGCACUAUUCUACUCAACGACGAAUUGGCGUAUAAAACCCGAACGAAGGUGGUCUCCUCUAAACCAAUUUACAACGCAGGUACUGAGCGUUUCGUACGAGACUGGAAGUCGGCUGUUGUUACAAUUUCAGUUCGUGAUUCGAGAAACCGAGAACAUGAUCCAAUCAUUGGUGUUGUUCCGCUCAAACUGAGUGACAUCUUGCAGACAGCCUCUCAGACAACUCGAUGGUAUCCCUUGGAUGGUGGUAUUGGCUUUGGACGCAUCCGCGUCUCCCUUCUUUUCCGCUCCGUCGAACUUCAAUUGCCGCCCCCUCAGCUGGGCUGGGACGUUGGAACAUUCGAGUUCACCUCAGACCAGAUCACUUCUACAUAUUCCGACAAGGGCAAGAUUAAGUUGCGACUAAGAACUGGUGGCAGCUCUGUGAGUUUGAAGCGCGAACAGUGCACUGUGGAGGUCGGCAAUGUAACAUGGAACAUCACUGGUGAUGAGAAGCACAACAAGCCACGACUCCCUGUUCGAUACCGCUACCGCUCACCGGUGUUCUUUGAAUACCAUUUCAGUGGAAAGCGUCAUACAGAUAUUUUCUCCGCAGUAUGGCUGCAGGAACUUGUUGACGGCGAAGAAAAGGAUUUCGACCUUCCUAUAUGGCGGUGUAAUAAUGGGAUGCGUCUAUCCCAAAAUUACAUCACCGAGGACAACUUCCACGAUAUCCCUGACAUGGAGAUGGAAGUAAUCGGUCGCCUGCGGUUCCGCGGCCGCUUCAAGGCCGGCACUGACCGUGACCACCUCCGCUUCGUCACGGAUAACGAUUCGAGAGAAACCAUUGAGACUUGGGAGGCCUGCUUUGCCGAAGGCGUGCGUCAUGAGGAGGUGUCUAAUGAGAUACCUCCGGUCAUUCAAAAAUUGCACGACGACUCCUUGACCCAGGGCCGUGACGUUCUCGCCACCGCCAGUGAAGAAGACAAGCAGCGCUGGCUCGCCAAAGACGGCACCGACUGGUCCAGCGCCUUCGGCUCUGACCCUGCCCGCCUAACACCCGGCGUCAGUGGCUAUGACGAGGAACCAGACUACGAGUAUUCAGACGAUGAUUCAGAAGAUGCUAGCGCCGAUUCUCCGACCCAGGGCGUGCGACACCAGGUUACCGACCUGGGUAUCAAUGAUGGGUCAACGAGCAACGUCGCCGUUGACGGUAGUUCCGCCCCACGUGGAAGUGGUGACUCGGAACUAACUACAUCUACCACUACUGGAAGUUCCAGGUCGAGCAGUACUAAGAGCAGUAAGAACCCCGUGAACCAAUACAAGGAGUACAAGUCACGGAGUCGCGAUCUGCACCGUCAGCAGAGAGGGCUCAUGCAGUGGAGGCCGAUGCGUACUAUGGCUUUUGCGAAGGAUGAGGCCAAGUAUGCGAUACGACGCAUGACGAAGAUGGGGGCGCUAGACGGAAGACAGCCGGAUGUGGAGACUGAAGUUUGA